AUUUUGAACUCCAAAAAACGGUGAAGACGGGAAGAAAAGUCGGCCGGAGCUUUUCUGUACCGAUACAUUUUAUCAACAGUCUUUGCUGUACCCUCCUUCACCUCCCCGAAUUCUCCGGUAGUCCUUACUGCGCCGAUCAGCCGGUGCAUCAACUUUCGUCUUCGUUACACCUAGUCACCAUGGCCUCCACGAGAGAGUUCAGGACUCUCAUGCGUCAAUCCCGCUUUGCGGCAAUGCCUCGACCUUUGGUCAGGGACGCGGAUUCUAGGAUGAAUAAAUCACCCUACCCAACUCAUCAGGUUCUCGCUACUCCCUCAGCCUCCCAACACAGAGGUGACUGGGGUCUCAAGCGUACAAUCCCCGGUAUCAGGACCAAGUACCUCACCGUCAAGCAGAACGAUACUUGGACCCACCAAACGCCUUGGGAAUCCGCCGAAGGCAGCGUCACGCAGCGUCAGAAAUUCCACGAGAUGGGAAUGACCCUCGACUACAUCCCCCCGGGUUCGAACUCGUCGUUCUCUACUCCGUUCUAUUCGCCUGCUCGGCCACUUUCUCCCAUCGGUCCUGAGGCGUUGAGGGCUUCUGCCCGUAACAGCAAGACGGAGGUGUGGAAGGAAAACAUGUCGCCCUUGCAAUGGAAGAAGUACUGCAGGAAGCUUCGCAGACGACGUUCAGACUUCCUCGCUCUUCAUGGAUAUCUGGCUGAGGCUACUGAUGCUGCAGAGACUACAGAAGCUGCAGAUGCCGCUGAAGCCACAGAGGCUGUCGAAGUGGCAGAGACCGCUGAAGCCGCAGAGGCCAGAGAAGCCAGAGAGGCCGCUGAGGCCGCUGAAGCCGCGGAGGCCAGAGAGGCCAUGAAGGCCGCAGAGACUGCUGAAGCCACAGCGGCCAGAGAGGCCAGAGAGGCCGUUGAGGCCCUUAAUGAGGACCCAUUCGCAACAGAGGAAUCUGAGAGCCUGGACAGGAAGGUUGAGAAAUUCCUCGGUAUUGACCGCUUUGUCGAACACUCCGCCAUCCACCCAACCGUCGGUCUCGCCUACGGACCCCCCGGGUUCAUGGACAACUCCCUCCAAGGACCCCUCGUCGAGACCCCUAUCCUCGGACGUCCCCUCAACGGUGUUCGCAACGCUGCCCAAUGGAAGAGUAACGGCACCAACGUCGCUGUCGGAGGCUGGGUCGCACAAUCCUCCAAGACCAGUAUCCCCCGCCACGUCGCCCACGAACGCGUCGUUGAAUCCGUCUACUUUUUCCAGAACGCGCAUGUCACGAAGGACGGUGCCAUCAAGAUCCAGGUCGUCAACGAAUCCGCACGAAAGGGUGACCAGGACUUCCUCAAUAUCCCGACAGAGGGUUUAGGACGUUUGUCGAUGGCUGCCGGUGACCGCUUUAUCGGCUCCAGGGACGGUAGUGGUAAGCCCAAGGAGAACCAGACGAUUACGCAGUUGUUGGAUGUGCUAGCUUCUUCCCCCGUCAAGUCCUCGAAGCCUUCGUUUGAUUCGCUUUGGAGUUCUCCCUCCUUGUCAGGAAGGAGUGGACCCAGGAUUGUUCCUAGGCCCGGAAACGCAAUGUACGCUACCGACGCUGAGGAUGUUGAGACCAAGAGGAGGGAGGAAUAAGUUCAUCAUGGAGGGAGAAGGUUAGCAUAUGGAGGAGUAGAGGUUUGUUGAUAUGCUUGAAAAAAUGGUACACCGCACGUACCGCUGGCGUUGAAGGAUUCUGCUUAUAGAUAGCAUUUUUUGUACAAUAACACCACCACUCAUGGGUAUGGGCAUUUAAACAUGACACUGAAC